GGGCAAAAUUCGACUGUGGAUUUCGAAAAUCUCCAGAUAUUCGACAAAGAUCACAACGGCCAGUCAAGAUGGGCAAGUCAAAACCUAGAAACAGGGUGAAGAACCGCGAUAACCCUACCGCAAAACCUAUCAAACCUCCAUCCGACCCGGAACUCGCGGCGAUCCGCGAGCAGCGCAUUCUGCCAGUCCUGAGAGACCUGCAGAGUGCCGAACUCAAGACAAGAUCGACCGCUGCAAGUGCGAUUUCCAACAUAAUCGAAGAUGAAAAAUGUCGAAAACUGUUACUGCGGGAACAAAUUGUGAGAAUUCUACUCGAACAGACGCUCACAGACUCGAAUCUUGAGACCAGGACUGCGGGGUGGGGAAUUCUAAGGAACUUGGCACUGGAAGAGGAGGCGGACUUCUGUGUUCACCUAUAUAGGCAGGAUAUAUUGACAGCAAUCGAGGGGGCUGUUAGAAAUGUCGUUCAGACUAUUUCCUCUCAGGAUGCGCCCUUUUCCAAUGCUCCCAAAGCUGAACAAGCACUUAUCUGGGAUCUUACAAGCUCAGUCGUCAACCUACUUACAUCGCUAUCCGAAGCACAAGAAGAAAUUGUCGAAGCCAUAUCGAAACUAUCUUCGAUCGUCAACUUUCUCUUCGGACUCCUUUCCUUCGAGCUCGCGCCUACCGAGGCUCAGAACGAAGCACUGUCCUGCUUGACAGCGUUAACGGAGGAUAAUAAACCGCUUGUUCAGAGCAUAGUAGAGAAUGAGGAUUGGCUGAAGGGGCUUAUCCAGCUCAAGGAUACCGGUGGUUUCAGAGCAGUUGCUGCUUGCGGAGUGCUCCAUAACAUCUUCGCGUGCCUGGAGUGGUACGAUCAUAAUACUGAGAAGCCAGGUCUGUCAGAUGCUAUUCUGAUUCCGACACUGGCCAAAUCCUUGGAUCUUGCAAAUUCUCAAAGUAACACCGCAAAUGGUGACACGCCACUCUCGAGUCCUGACCAGGUUUUGCGGUUGGCCCUGGAGAUCACUGCAUCUAUUGCCACAAGUCUUCAGGAGGCAUUGGAGCAUGGGAGCCGGCACGAAAAGGAAUUUGAAGGAUUUGAUGAUAAGGACGAGAUGGACGAUGGUGAAGACAAGAUGGAGGACGACAGCGAAGAGCCCCAUCAGGAAGACGAUGGGGACAACGAGGAAAUGAACGAUGACGAGAUCGAUGCCGAUAUGGACUUGGUGACUGGAGAUGGUCCAGACGAUGAAGAAGGUCCUUCUGAAGAGUUGACGCUCGAAAAUUUAGUCCGAAAUGCCGCACCCAAGAUAUUGCCACUAGCACGUCCGUCUGAACAGAUGUCUACAGGAAGCGAUAGUAUCCAAAGUCAUGCUUUGUCGGCUCUGAACAAUAUUUCUUGGACUGUCUCAAGCAUUGACUUUUCCACGGGUCACCUGGACAGUCUGAAGGACUUCUGGGCUUCACUGGCCCAUAAUAUCUGGAAUGAGGUUAUCAGUCCAGUUCUAGCCUCUAACACAGCAGACAUUGAUUUGGCUUCUUCUAUCACCAGUCUCGCUUGGGCUGUAUCUCGCAGUGUGCAGGGGCAAAUCAAAAUUAACCCAGGCGAGCAAAGGAAAUUCAUGGCACUAUACCAGGCAUCGAAGAACCUAUCCAAGACACAAGAUCAGUCAAACGGAAGUAAAAAGGCAGCAAGCGAGGAUAGCAACGAUGCAUUCCAAGGUAUGGGGGUGAAGAGCAUCGGGGUCCUCGGUAGCCUUGCACUCAACCCUGCCCCCAUCGAGCUCAAUAAGGAAAUUGGGAUUUUCCUCCUCACUGUUGUGGCCGCUGUCCCGGACACAGAACCUGCCGAGGCAGUGGAAGCAUUGAACCAAAUCUUCGAUAUCUACGCGGAUAAGAGUUAUGCUUUCGACGAGCCUGUCUUUUGGGCAGAUGGGUUUUACAAGCAUUUGGAAGAGACGUUACCAAAGGUUAGAAAGAUGGCCAAGUCCAUCGACAAGAGGAAGUUUGAAGAAUUACGCGCCAGAGCAGAUGAAGCUGUCUUGAAUCUGGGGAGAUUCUUGAAAUAUAAGCGCACUGAGAGGGAGGGAAAGUAGUCUAGAUAAAUGUGUCAAUACAAAAGUAAUGUCACGAACACUCUAUGGAUGGG